AUGGAGUCGACGUCCUACCAAGCCGAUGCACUUCCAGCAUCGCCGCUACUACGUCUGCCUUUCGAGAUACGUCUUAUGAUAUACGAGUACCUACUCCUACCGUCGACGACGCCCACAAUCGGAAACGGAAUCUCAGUCGCGAACUUGAUUCCGGAUUUCCAUACCUACCUCUCAGACGACACGAACAAUCAUCCAUGCCCCUUCUUAACAACCACAACCCCAACCACCUACCGCGUCCUCCUCUCCCCCUACACAUCCCACCUCCGCUACACCGUCCCCUCCCUCCUCGCACUAAACCACCAGAUUCACGCCGAAGCAAGCAAAAUCCUCUACUCGACCUACACAUUCUCCUUCCACACUAGCAUCGAAGCCGCAGUGCCUUUUUUAUCAGACUUGACACCCAGAAGUCGGGCUUCUAUACGUCAUUUGAGCAUAACAAAGAAAGCGCUACCAUAUAGCAAGGAAUUCGAUCGCGCAGAAUGGGCAAGUCUGUGUGAAUACCUUGCUGCACCACCACAAUCUGCUCUCGAUGGUUCCGAGAUACCCGCGCCCGUCUCCUCCCUGCGCAGCCUCACUCUUAAUGUCAUCUCGGGAAAACCCGAUCACGGCUGGGAUUCCAUCACGCCCAUUCUCCCCUCGGAUUUUGACACUAUGCUACGCAUGAAGAACGAGUGGCUUGGCGGUAAUGUGACUGAUUUCGGGGGCGUGGAUCUAGAGUGGGCGGAGCAGGUUAUGGAGAUCAGGGGAUUGGAGAUGGUUAAUGUGAAGGCGAUGGUGGAGAGGUGUGCGAAUCCAGUGAGCGAGAAACAGGCUUUUUGGAUUGCGUUCACUGUGCAUCCGGCCUUGGCUGUACGACACCGGAAAGUCAUCUUCAGCCUGGUGCAUCGCAAGUCCUUCUUGACACUUCUAUUCUUCCCAUUCUAUCCGCUUGACAACAUGGAAGCUCUGGUCGCCGUUGGCCUCGCUGGGAAUGUUGUGCAAUUCGUGCAAUUCUCUGGCCAGCUCCUAUCUCUCGCCAAGGAGAUCAAGAAGAAGGGCGCCCCCUCAUCUCUGGUCGAUCUGCGUAAAGUCACUCAAAACCUCACGCAUCAAACUCGGGUAAUCGUGACUCGGCUCAAAGCAAAUACAGCCACACUUCAGCAGGAAGAACAACAUCUACUCGAUGUGGCCAUAGACUGCGAAAAGGCUGGAAAGGAGUUCGUCGCAUACAUCGAUAAGCUCAUUACGCCAUCGAAACCAUCCUCACCCUUAGGGAGUGCUCAGUCUAGUGUAAAGAUAAAAUGGCAUCAUAAGCAGAUUGAAGCGUACAUUUCUAAGCUGGACAAGUUUCAGGGGUCUCUUUUGCUCGCAACAGUGCUUUCCCUACGUACCAGUGAGACUGGCAGCCACUACGAAGUCCUUGAACAUCUCAAAUCAAUAGAGGCGGGGAAUGAUACAUCCCAACAGAACGAUAACGAGCUGAUCCGAGCUUUAAGCCUCUUACGGGAUUUAGUCCAGCAACAAUCUGGUCCGAAGUUAGACAUGUUGCAAAAACGGAUGGACUCAUGCAUGGAAGAGAUCCAGGAGAUUCGGUCCUCGGUCACCAACACCCGAGAGGAUGAGAUUCUACGCUGGCUAAACUUCCGGCAAAGAACAUGGCGGUUCGAGGAGGUCGAGGAAGCACACCGAACAACGUUCGAUUGGGUCUUCCGAAAACCACAUGCGAACACACUCUGGCAUGAUUUCAGUGCUCAUCUUUCCGGGGCGGAAGUUACCUUACCAUACUUCAUAAACGGGAAAGCAGGGAGCGGCAAAUCAACUCUGAUGAAGUACAUCGUAUCGCAUCCACAAACGAAAGCAGAACUCCGGAAAUGGGCUGGCCAACACAAGCUUCUCAGUCCACAAUUCUUCUUCUGGAAUGUUGGGACCCAGUUACAGAAGAGCCAUACUGGCAUGCUCCGCUCUCUACUACACAGCGUACUCGCUCAAUAUGACGAUCUCAUACCCGCUGUAUUCCCAACCCUGUAUGCCGACGGAUUUCCCAUCAGCAAUGACGAGCCGCCCUCUUACAUCGAACUCAAGUGUGCUUUUGAGCGAUUGAAGAUUAGAUCCGCAUCUUUUUUGCACAUGUGCAUUUUCAUUGAUGGUAUCGACGAGUUUGAGGGAGACUAUCGGGACAUGUCAACCUUCCUCUGUUCCAUAACUUCUUCGACGGUAAAGGUCGUAGUGUCGAGCCGACCUAUCAAUGCCUGCCUCAAUGUGUUCAGACACUGUCCAACGCUCAGGCUCCAGGAUUUGACACAAGACGAUAUGAGCGUCUUCAUUCGGGACAGACUGAGUUCGCAUCCGAUGAUGGCAGAACUCCAAACCGAGUCACCAGAGAACGCUGCCACACUAGAAGCGGAGAUUCAGGAGAAGGCUGAGGGAGUAUUUCUCUGGGUUCGACUGGUCACUGGACUUCUAUUACGGGGGCUAGAGGAUGGAGACGACUUUGAUGAUCUUCUUCCUAAGCUUCGUGCCUUGCCAUGCGACUUACGGGAGCUCUAUACCCGGAUGAUGAACAAAAUGCCCUCGGAUUAUCAGGUGCAGGCCUCGCAGAUGUUCCAGAUGUUUGAGUGGUGGAGGCUCUAUGGCAAUGAUGAACCUCUCGAAUUACUCCUGCUAUCCUUUUCCAUCCAACAACCCUCUUUUACGCUCGAAUUAUGCACAGAUGCCUGCAAUACCCAGAUGAAAAAGUAUUACUCUGAAAGAAUCGAGGCUCGUAUUCGAAGCCGUUGUUGUGGACUGCUCGAAUUGCGUGAGAUCUCGACUGGGAACAUAUUUUGGCCUCGUACUCCGAUGGUGGCCUAUCUGCAUCGCUCUGUAGCAGAGUUUGUAACCAGCCAAGAAGUGUGGGACCACAUGCUUUCUCUCACCAACGACACGAAAUUCAGCCCCAGUACACAUAUCGUAUGUGGAAUCCUCUCCAUCUUGAAGACUUCGUACCCUCCACCAGACGAAAGUAAAUAUCUAAGAACGCCCAGGAUCUCCGGUCGAACCGACUACAGCGAGGGGAUCUUGGAUCUCGCCAUGGACGUAUGUCGCCGGAGUGCCGAUAUUGGAGACUCGCUCAUGCUUAAAUAUAUGGAGGCUAUAGAUAAGACCAUGGUUUCAAUAUCCCAGAGUUGGGCUGAGAACUCAAUCGAUCAACAAGAUUGCCAGAUCUUUGCGCACUGGUCUCUUCGAAUGGCCCGGAACUGUUUGGUAUCAAAUAUUCAUCAUCCCAAGCUUGCCAAUCAUAUGCCCCUCUGGGCUCAAGCCAACAUUCGUACUUUCGCAGCUUACAACGGAAUGUUGAUUUACUCGUUCUUUUCGCAUUAG